UUCUCUUUCCUCUCCUGAUCAUGUCUAUGAAGGAAGAAGGAGCAGAGGCAACUGGGCAAUGGUGAUCCAUUUCAAGCGGAACCUCUUCUCGUUCUUGAUCGCUGCGGCUCUCUUCACCUCCGUGGUUGAAGGUCAAUCUGGUUUUGAACCGGAACCAAGCAGCCCUUCCCCGGCAGGAGAACCGUCUCCAUAUCUACCUACUCUGUCGCCUGAUUCCCCGCCUGUCCCACCGGAAUUGCUUGCUCCACCGCCUGCCCCGCAGACCAGUCCACCUGGAGAUUAUAGAUUCCGCAGAUCUCCGCCUCCUCCCCAACCUGAUAAGCCAGUCCCAAAAGCAAGAGAAUCAAAAGGUGAAGGUGAAGGAAAGACGCCAAUCGGCACCAUAGUCGUGGUCGUCGUGGUAGUCGUGGUCGUCAUGGUCGUCGUGGUCGGAGUCGCCGUCUGGCGAAACAUGCGGACGCCAGCAGAAGGAGACGUUGAGCAACCAGCUGAAGAAUCAAGAUUUCAUGCAGCCACCGAAGUGUCAGGUCCAGGAACAUCCACGAGAACAAAUCCGGCGCCUGCACCUGUUAACUUUCAUUGCUACCCGAACACUACUCACAACAUGGCUUUGUCAUCUAAUAGUUUGAUAGCUGUAUCAUAAAACAGAAUACACAAGGCAUCUAUUGUUUGACAGUUUUAAGAAUGAACAGCAUGUUCUAUAUGUCCAAUGUUCUAUAUGUCCAACGUUUGUUUUAUCUCUAUC